CUAAGUCGCCAGCCGAAAGAACCAAAGCGAGCGCACAAUUUUUCCUCGCGAGUAGAGCACCGAGUCUGCCCAGUCUGGACGGUUUGCAAGUUCUACUUCCUUCGUGCGUGGAUUUACCGGGAAACAACAGAAAGCAGAUUCGGGGCUUGCGUUAGCACUUGCGAAAAGAAGGCUAAACACCAGGAAGAAAAAUCGUCCUCGCCGUCUUGUGUCGUCGUCGUCGUCCCCCCACCAGUUUUCCAGUUCGCCUCCGUUGAGUGACAGAACAGUGUCAGUGUAUUGGUGUGUAUGUGCGCGCGUAUGUUCGUGUGUGUGUGACAGCAAGGAUCCGUCGCCUACUUCGCCGGUAUUUCGCCGUCUGUGUGUGUGUGAGAGAGAAAGAAAGAGGGAGAUAGUUUUGGAGCACAGAAAGUGUGCUCUACUUGUGACGUGUGAUUGUGUGGCGCUGCACAUCCUUGGCUGGGUCACAUCGGUCUGUUCGUCCUGUGACGCAAAAGCGAACUGUGUGUUGUGUUGUGUUGUGGCCCUAACGGUACACACGUGCUGCUCGCGAGUGUGCUCCAUUGUGUGCGGUGUGUCAAUAUCCUUUUCCUGCUAGUGCGUUCAAGUCAAGUUUGUCUGAGCUUGUGCAAAAAGUGUCCAACCAAAAAAAGCCGACGUGUGCGCGUGCCCUUUUCAGUGUGUAAGUGAGUGCAGCUGCUGCCGGUACGAGUAACACGGGAAUUAUAGCAUCCCUGCCUCUUCCGAAUACCAUCUCAACUGCUCCAGCCCAACAAACUACCCGGUGGGGUAAUUUCGGCCUAAGCAGUGUUCAAUACGUACGCAACCCAUCCAUCCGGCGCUAGCAUUACCAUGGCCUUCCUCCGUACGGUUUCGCGCUGUAACAGCCUGGUGCCCCGCAAGGUGUCCUCCCCGUCGUCGACCGGCACGAACGGAUGCUUGUUGCACUCGCGGUCGGAGCAGUUCCUGCGACAGUACGGUAUUCAUGCGGCCAGCAACCACCGCGCCCAGCUGUCGAGUGCUUUGCUGGCGGCGCUCAACCACCGGCUAACCCUGGAAGGACACCCGUCGCUCGACGGAACGCGUCGCUGGCGGUCCACUACGGUGGCUGCUCCCUCGCCCGUCAGCACCGGUGCCCGCCAGCGCCAGCAGCAGGACAACAAUCCCUCCACCCCGCAGCGCGAUCCGCUGGACGUCAGCUUCAACGAUCCGCAUGCGGCCUUCAAGAGCAAAACCACCUUCGAGCUGAUACGGGCGUACUUCGUGUACGUGCUGUGCUCGUCCGAGUUUUUGGUGGAAAACAAUAUGAAGCUGAUGAAAGUCGCGCAAACCAUUCUCGGCGAAAAGCUCUUUACGCUGCUGAUGAAGUAUACAUUCUAUGGCCAUUUUGUGGCCGGUGAAGAUCAGCAAAAAAUUGUCCCAACACUGGAAAGAUUGCGUUCGUUCGGUGUCAAACCGAUUCUUGACUAUUCGGUAGAGGAAGAUCUGUCCCAGGAAGAGGCAGAAAAGCGCGAAGUUGAAGCUUCCGUGUCGUCCGCGGGAACCAACCUGUCGGAGGACAGUGCUGACUCGCUGCCACAGUACAGCGUCGAUAAAACGUUCGCUGAUCGGCGAUACAAGGUGCAGAGUGCCAGGACGUACUUCUACCUUAAUGAAGCCACCUGCGAACGCAACAUGGAAACUUUCCUCGAGUGUCUCGACGCGGUCAAAGGCGCCACAUUCGGUACUGGUAUUACUGCUAUUAAACUGACUGCCCUCGGUAGACCACAGCUGCUACUUCAAGUGUCGGAAGUAAUCAUGCAGGCUCGCCGCUAUAUGAUGGAUUUGGCCGGAAGUACCGGGAACAUUUUAACGCAUCACAAAACCAUUCAAGAUCUCGAACGCUAUCUCGGCAACGUUUCCGAUAAGGCGGAGGUAAAGCAGUUUUUGGAGAAGGUGACAUCCGACAAAGACGGCAUUCUGCAUCUGUUCCCGUGGACCGGUAUUAUUAACGAGGACUGUCAGCUGAGUGAAACCUUCCGCGUGCCGGACCCGGUGACCGGUCAAAUGCGUCGCUUGAUCUCAAAGAUUCCACCCAAAGAAGAGGAGAUGUUCCGUAACAUGAUCAGACGAUUGAAUACUAUUGUUAAGACUGCCCAAGACCUUGACGUUCGUAUUAUGAUUGACGCCGAGCAAACCUACUUCCAACCAGCCAUCUCACGAAUCACACUCGAAAUGAUGCGAAAGUAUAACACCGAAAAGGCCAUAGUGUUCAACACCUACCAGUGUUAUCUGAAGGACACGUACAAAGAGGUGUGCACGGAUCUGGAGCAAGCCAAGCGUCAAAACUUCUAUUUCGGCGCGAAGCUUGUGCGCGGAGCGUACAUCGAGCAAGAGCGUGCCCGCGCCGCCGCACUGGGCUAUGAGGAUCCAACUAAUCCCUCCUUCGAAGCAACUACCGAAAUGUACCACAAGACGUUGACUGAGUGUUUGAGACGCAUCAGGAUUCUCAAAGAUGCAAACAUCGAUCCGAAGAAGAUUGCCAUCAUGGUUGCAUCGCACAACGAGGAUACGGUUCGGUUUGCCAUUGAGAAGAUGCAGGAGAUUGGCAUCCAUCCGGAAGAUAAAGUGAUUUGCUUCGGUCAAUUAUUGGGCAUGUGUGAUUACAUCACGUUCCCGCUCGGUCAAGCCGGUUACUCGGCCUACAAAUACAUCCCGUACGGUCCAGUCAACGAAGUCCUGCCGUACCUUUCGCGACGAGCGCAGGAAAACAAGGGCGUGCUGCAAAAGAUCAAGAAGGAGAAGCGCCUGCUGCUGUCGGAGAUCACCAAACGGCUAGCCAAGGGGCAACUGUUUUACAAACCGAAGGGCAAAUACGUUCCUAUCUAAGCAGGUGCGUGUGUUGCAUGCUUUCGCCAUGGUGGCGGAUGGAGCCGACAGUAGUAGCACUCUGCCGCAAGGCAGCACACCUACACACGACGCGCGAAUAAGGCUCGGUUAGCGGUAGCAGCAGAAUUGAAUUUAAUAACCCUCUGAACCUCCUCACAUCCCCUUUUCUCACGUGAAUAGUUAUUCGUGUUUUUUUAUAAUAAUUGCGAGCAUCUUUUAACAACAUCCCUUACGUAAAAGGAAAAUAAUAGAAAAGAUGCAAACACACACACACGCGCGCGCAGAUACAUACAAGGGUGAUGUUUUAUACUGGCAAAGUAUUCGCCCGUACUAGUUAUGGCAACCGUACGAACCGUAACCAAAAUCAUCCGAUCCCCGCCGACAAUGUGAUUUUUAAACCGUUUGACACGGAACAGCGGUGUAAGAUGUUUACGUUUACGUUUCUCGUUAUUUUUUUGUUUUUCUUCGCUUCAGCUACUUUCCCCACAACACUUGACCGAUGUGCGUCGUUAGAUCGUGCACGUCGUGAUUUCGGUUCAAUGUACAAUGUGCUCUCAAAAAUGUGUGUGUGUAUAGCUUUGUUUGUUUGAAUGACGAACCCAGUAAUGUUUGUCCGAAAUUGACCACGUGAUAUUUUUUAUCUUUCCUUGCUUUAUGUUUGGGGAAAGACUUUUGCCGAUAUGUGUAUUGGCCCUUCCUGAGUCUGGUACAGUUUAUGAUAUUGAAUCUGCCGUACACAGCGUAACUUUGGUUCAGUUGAGCUACCGAACGGUCCUCACUUUAGCAUACCUAUUUUAAUAUCUAAAACGUAGUAGUUUCAAACGCUGCACCAUAAUGGCGGGUGGAGAUGGACGCGCUCAAUUGUUCGAUUUACUCCGACAUAUUUCUUGCCAAAAAAAAAACGCUUCCUUGUUACUUUCCGUAACAAUUUGCUCAUGUUCAGUGCUGCGACAUCUUACCGUGAGCGUGUGUGUGCGUGUGUAUGUGAGGACCGUUUUUGCGGCUGGACUGGCUUCUUCAGGACGUAAUGCUCCGGUGAAGGCAUGACCCGGCUCGGAUGAUCCCUGUGUAUUCUGGUGAACAUCAUCAUUGAAUGUUAGUAUUAUAUGCUUAUUAUGUGAAGACAGGAAAGACAAGAACGCGCAACGGUAGGCAAAUUUUAGAUACUCUAGAAUCCAGUGAUGGUUACAGAGAAAACCAGCAACGCAAACACUCACAUUUACAACCACCAAACCAAACGAACAUGCACACACAUACACACUUUGAAAAGUGCUGACAAUAAACUGAGUAUAACAAAUUCAACUAAAUGUGAAGCAAAAGCAUUCGCCAGAGUAAGCUGAGUGAAAGAUGUGCGCUUCGCCCAAACGCAUGUUCAACUGGCGAAAGAACACCCUCCCCUCCCAGGUAGUGGGUGUGUGUGUGCGUGUGUAUGUUGUAUGUGAUUGAACCAGUCAACGGCGUUUUAUCGAGAAAUAAAAUCGACCUCCUCUCUGGUGGAGUUGGCAAAAUAAUAGAGCAAAAUGUUAGGCGAGAAUUGUAAUCAUAUUUAAAUGUGUGAAUCAAACCACUAUUACAACAACAACAAAACAUACCAAACAACAAACACGAAACGAAUGCGAUACAAAUAUUUCACAACAUGUUCUAAGUAAAUGUUUGCAUGUUCCAAUAUGUUCCGUCUAUACCGAGGGAACUGAAACCGAUAAGAGGAAAACAAAACAAAACAAUUAUGGUAAUUACCGAUGCUAGUGAUGAAUAUUAUUAAAAGGAAAAGAUAACAAAGAACAAAAAUGGAUCUGAAUAAUGAAUAAGACAUACUAUCGAGAACCUAUGCUAAAUGUGCACACAGCAGCAGCAGGAGCAGCAGGAGCAGCAACAGACACAAGGAGAGAAGGAAGGAUUGGGAUGUUAAUGUUCUCACGUAUUUGAAUGUGUUUGUAAGUUUUGAAAAAAAAAACAAAAACUGGCAAAUGGGAAUAUUGUAUCGUGUGUAUUAGUCCGACGAACAUGGGAGUUAAACACCCACAAACGUCGCAAACGUCGUUGUCUCUCGGAUCGUUGAUACUCAAUUUCGAAAAUCGAAGGAAAAAAACCCCACCCUUCCCAAAAGGGACGCCUGGGUGUAACUGGCAAAUGUGCUGUUAAUUAAUUGCAAACCUCUCUGAUCGUACGAUGUGUAAAAAUUCUGAGACAAACAAUAAAUAUACUGAAUCAGAA